AUGUACAGAGCAACUUGCGAUGGCACCAUCCCCUUCCCCCUCCCCUCCUCCCCAAGCACAACAAGCCAAACCGCCUACAAAAUCUUCGGCUCCCUCACCUCCCCCUCCCUCUCCCCACCCCUCAUAAUCCUCCACGGCGGCCCCGGCUCCGCGGACGAAUACACCCUCCCCCUCACAGCCCUGCACACCCUCUCCACCACCCCCAUAAUCCUCUACGACCAAAUCGGCUGCGGCGCCUCCACGCACCACCCCUCCGCACCAGCCACCUUCUGGACCGUCGACCUCUUCGUCGCGGAGCUAGAGAACCUUCUCCAGCACUUCGAUUUGAAGGAAUACGAUAUCCUCGGCCACAGUUUCGGCGGGAUCCUCACCAUCGCGCUCGCCGCGAAGCAACCCCCCGGUCUCCGCCGACUAAUCCUCGCGAGCGCGUCGGUGGAUGGGGAACUCUUCUUCCAAGGCCUCCAGCGCCUCAAGACACACCUCACCCUCCGCUCACAACUCGCCAUCGACACCGCUGUGGAAAAAGGAGACUUCACCAACCGGGGGUACCUCGCCGCCCUUACGGAAUUCCAACGAACCUUCCUCUGUCGUGCCCCAGAUCCCUAUCCACCUCCUUUGCUGGAGCCAAAUUUCCGGCAUCAGAAGGAAAAUCCUGAGAUUCGACGGGCGAUGCAGGGGCUUUCGCCUUUCGUCUAUGAUGGCUUUCUGAGGCGGUAUAGCAGUAUCCCCUUACUGCACAAGAUUCAAGUCCCGACGUUAAUCUUCAACGGCGAGUUUGAUACGACGCAGGACGAAGCGACGUACCCGUUGUUUGAGGGGAUUGACAAGGUGCGGUGGGUGACGUUGAGCGGGGCGAGUCAUAUGCCGUUUUUGGAUUCGGAGGAGAUGUUGGAGAGGGUGUUGGGUUUGGUGGGAGGAUUUUUGAUGCAGGGGAAAUAA